CCUGUUCACUUCCUUCAAGGUCGUAUUCUCCAAGGCCGGUCGAGCUAACAGUCAAACGUUCUUACUUUUCAUCAACCAUGGCAUCUCAAAGGAAGUUUUUUGUUGGAGGAAAUUGGAAAAUGAAUGGCAAUAAAGCCAGCAUUGAUGGAAUUAUACAGUUUCUUAACGCAGGACCAUUAGAUCCAAAUACAGAAGUUGUAGUUUCUCCACCAGCCAUUUACAUGGAGUAUGUACGAGGGAAACUUGACCAAAAGAUUGGAGUUGCUGGACAGAACUGUUACAAAGUAGAAAAAGGAGCCUUUACUGGGGAUAUAAGUGCAAACAUGAUUAAAGAUAUUGGAUGUGAAUGGGUGAUAUUAGGUCAUUCAGAAAGGAGAAAUGUUUUUGGAGAAAGCGAUCAGCUGAUUGGGGAAAAAGUAAAAUAUGCUUUAAGCCAAGGUGUAAAAGUAAUAGCUUGUAUUGGUGAAAAAAUUGAAGAAAGAGAAGGAGGCAAAACAGAAGAGGUGGUAUAUAGACAAAUGCAGGCAAUAGUUGACAAUGUAGCAGCAGACCAGUGGGUCAAUGUAGUGGUAGCCUAUGAACCAGUGUGGGCGAUCGGUACAGGGAAAACAGCCACCCCAGCACAGGCCCAGGAGGUCCAUCAGAAACUCAGGGCAUGGGUAGCAAAGAAAGUCUCUGAACCUGUAGCAAAUAGUCUUAGAAUAAUUUAUGGAGGCUCAGUAUCAGGAGCCAACUGUAAAGAAUUAGGAGGACAGGCAGAUAUAGAUGGAUCAUUAGUGGGUGGAGCCUCUCUUAAACCAGACUUUGUUCAAAUUGUUAAUGCUACACAAUAACUUCUGUAACGCAAUUAGGUUUUUAAAUUAGAUUUUAAUCUCAUGAGAUAUGCUUUUUAAGCUGCAAGAUACUUGAUAGAACUUUUCAGCAUUUAUUUGUCAAACCAUGCAUAAUGUUAUGAAGAUUUUGUUUGUUAUUUAUACAAAAUAUUUAUUAUGUUCCAUCCUCAUUGUUAAGUAUGAAAUCCUGUUGCUUAAUUGAUAUGUAUAAAAUAAUCUACAUGCUUAAUGAGAAAAAAUAAAAGGAUAAAUCCAUGAGCAUGAAUUUUCAAACUUAUUGUUACAAAAUUGUCUGUCAGAUGUAUUCCAUUCAAAUGAGGUGUGGAAUUGUAGAAGGUUACUUCUCGUUAUUGCUGCUUUGAAUUUUGUUUGAACAUUUUAAUGGUGCCAUAAUAUGUGAUAUAGUUUCCUAUUGCUGUUUUAUAGACUAUUGAAUAUAAAGGUUUUUGCUUUCAUUUGCUUGGACUUUAAAAUUGUCAGGUCAGAUUUUUUUUAUAACUAUUUCACUAGCUAGAAAAGCCCUUGAUUUGCUUUGACUCUAAAAUCAUUAAUUUAGAUUUAUUUUAAUGGAUUUUACUUGCUAGUAGUGUUCCUUGGCAUAAAGUAAUGUUGUGUUUUAGGAAUAUUUGUUUUAUAUUGAUUUUAGCUUUAGGAUCAGAUUUCCAAUAUAGUUUGAAGAACAUAAGGAAUAUUUUAUAGAAUAAACAUAGUUUAACAGAUUUUUUUCUGAUAAAGCUAGUUACUAGUAAUUAAUGUUCUUAAUUUAAAACAUAUAAAAAUUGAUAUUGCAUCAUAAAAUUCUUUUCACUUGCUUUAAUCAUUAAAUUCUUUCCAUGAAAGCAAAAAUUACCAGCAAGGAUAGGUUAAAAUCUUAUAAUGUAUUGGACUUGCAGUUCAUAAAGUUACUGUUUUAAAAGGGCUAUUCACAACAGCAGAAAGACUUAACAUUGACUGGGUAUUUAUUUCAAACAUAAUUUUUGUUUGAUGAUUUGUACAGUUAAUACUCUUUAUUUAUUUCUGUGCAGUUUUCAAAAUAAGUAGCUUACUUUUUGAAAUAAAAUUGGAAAGUUAA